AUGGACAACAACAUGGAAAUCGACACGGCGCGGUCGCCCGAACCUCACCACCUCUCCCCGACCACCGACCCGGGCUCCAUACCCACCCUCGACGGAUGGAUCGAAAGUUUGAUGACCUGCAAGCAGCUGGCAGAGGAGGAUGUGCGGAGGCUAUGUGAUCGGGCGAGAGAGGUACUGCAGGACGAGUCGAACGUGCAGCCCGUGAAAUGCCCGGUGACCGUGUGCGGUGAUAUACACGGCCAGUUUCACGAUCUCAUGGAGCUGUUCCGCAUUGGUGGCCCCAAUCCGGACACGAACUACCUGUUCAUGGGUGACUACGUCGACCGUGGUUACUACUCCGUAGAGACCGUCACCCUCCUCGUGUGCCUCAAGAUUCGGUACCCCCAGCGGAUCACCAUCCUGCGUGGAAACCACGAGUCCCGCCAGAUCACGCAAGUCUACGGGUUCUACGACGAGUGCCUCCGCAAGUACGGCAACGCCAAUGUCUGGAAAUACUUCACCGACCUGUUCGACUACCUCCCCCUCACCGCACUCAUCGAGAACCAGAUUUUCUGCCUGCACGGCGGCCUGAGCCCGUCCAUCGACACCCUCGACAACAUCCGCUCCCUGGACCGCAUCCAGGAGGUCCCACACGAAGGCCCCAUGUGCGACUUGCUGUGGAGUGACCCCGACGACCGGUGCGGCUGGGGGAUCUCCCCCCGUGGUGCGGGAUACACAUUCGGGCAGGACAUCUCGGAGGCGUUUAAUCACAACAAUGGCUUGACUCUGGUGGCACGGGCGCACCAGCUGGUGAUGGAAGGAUAUAACUGGUCGCAGGAUAGAAACGUCGUCACGAUUUUCUCCGCUCCGAAUUACUGCUACCGCUGCGGUAACCAGGCCGCAAUCAUGGAGAUUGAUGAGCAUCUGAAGUAUACGUUCCUACAAUUCGAUCCCUGCCCGCGCGCAGGAGAACCCAUGGUCUCGAGACGUACCCCCGAUUAUUUCCUGUGA